AUGAGUAUUAAGCUAGUUAUUGGUGGAUUUACUUUGAACAUAAUCAGUGCGUACGCACCCCAGGCAGGCUUGGAUGAGAAAGUCAAGAGGCGUUUCUCGGAGGAUUUGGAUGAGAUGGUGCGCGAUAUACCGCACACUGAGAAGCUUUUUAUUGGAGGAUAUUUCAACGGCCACAUUAGAGCGACGCUUGGGGGUUAUGAUGAUGUGCAUGGCAGUUUCAUUUUUGGAGAUAGAAAUGGAGGGGGAACUUCACUGCUGGAUUUUGCCAGAGCGUUUGAUUUGGUGAUAUCAAAGUCGAAUUUUUCGAAAAAGGUGGAACACUUGGUCACAUUCCGUAGCUCGGUGGCUGGGAACCAGAUUGACUAUCUUCUCUGCAGGAGGUCUGAUAAAGGUCUUUGCACGGAUUGCAAUGUCGUCCUGAGUGAGAACCUCACAACCCUUCAUAGGCUCUUGGUCAUGGACCUUGAGAUCACGAGGAAGAAGAGGAAGAGGGCGGUAUAUGGCCAACCUAGGAUCCAGUGGGGAGCCUUGACUGAAGACAAAGCGCAGGAGUUGGAGUGCAUUAAGGAAGCUGCUAGAGAGAUUCUAGGGGUCUCGAAGGGUUACAAUAGUGGUCGCAAUGGAUACUGGUGGUGGAAUGCAGAGGUCCAAAGAAAGGUGAACACCAAGAAAGCAGCGUAUAUGAAGUUAGUGGAAAGCAUUGAUGAGGAGGAGAAGUUAGCAGUUAUGGUGGCUAAACUGCAACAUUUAGUGGUUUAUAUGAAGAACUUGAGGGUGUGGGAGAAGGUGGUGGAGCUAAGGGUGAAGAGAAAGGUGUCUAUUUCUGAGAACCAGUUUGAGUUUAUGCCGGGGCAUUUGACUACGGAAGCCAUUCACCUUGUUAGGAGAUUAAUGGAACAAUAUAGGGAGAGGAAGAGGGACUUGCAUAUGAUGUUCAUCGAUUUAGAAAAGGCUUAG